AUUGAUGCUGUGAACCUCCAUGAAUAAAUAGGUACUUAGGUACUUAUCAUGGUCUCCAUAUUUUAUUCCAACCAGAGUUGACGUAAAGGUAAUCGGACCGGUAAUUCUUCGGAACAAACCAACCGAGGCGACCCGACAUCUCGAAACCUGGAAAGAAGCUCAUUUCAACAAUUCAUCAAUCCAACUCUCCUCUCCUAAACUAGCCACCAUGGCCUCCAAAGCAGUUGCGAAAGCAGCCGGAGGCGUAGUGAGCCUCAGCCAGAAACAAACCCUCCAAUCGACCGGUAUAUGGGAUCUCAUCCGACGCGCCUUCGCCGUCGACCCCAACCGCUCCAACGGUGUCCCUCUAAACCCGUAUUUCCGUAACCCAACACCCGGCGGCCAAGACCCGCUCGCCUACGAUGACCCCGUCACGAUCCCCGCCGGCGACAUCGCAGACAACCCAUACUGGAAACGCGACGCGCGCCGGGCGUACCCACAACUGAGUUUCGUGAACCAAGGCGACGCAGUCGCACUCCUAAGCGUCGGCAGCGCGGCCGCUCCUAAAACCGAACUCAUCGGUGAAGCUGGGCAGAAACAACUCGUUGCAGUUAAGGAAGAGGGUAAGACCGGUGGUCUAGCGGCGUUUUUUGAAAAGAGCAAGGAUGUUGCAAAGGAGAGCUUGUUGGUAAACGGGCUACCGCCUUUGCCGAGUGGGCAGAGCAAGAAGGCGGAUGGCAAUUGGGAGGUUUAUAAGUAUGAGCUUACGGAGGAGAAUACGUACCCGGAUACCGAUAUAUAUCCCUGCCGAACUUUCAAAUAGACCUAGAUGCAUUACGGGUACGAGUGGCUAAGUGUACAUAUCAGAGAUGAGAAAUCAGAUCGGCCCUAAUACUAGAUUUUCUUACUGUUAAAAGUUCACGAGGAUUAAAUAUUGCAUGUUCUUAAUUAUUGGU